AUGGGGCCCCCGGGCAAUAGGGGAUCAUGGGGCCCCUGUGUCCUUGCCCUAACUCAAAAAAGCCUAUGAAAAAGUAAAUGAUGCAAAGGUCUACAGACUCUACAUAUAGGGGUAACAAUUAUGCAAAGGUCUACAGACUCUACAUAUCUGGCAACAAAUGAUGCAAAGCAGGGGUGGACUGACAACUCAUGGGGCCCCCGGGUAAUAGGGGAUCAUGGGGCCCCUGUGUCCUUGUCCAAACUCAAAAAUGCCUAUGAAAAAGGUACCAGGGGCACCUCAUGGGGCCCCCUACUGACUCCGGGCCCACGGGCAGUGCCCGAGUUUCCAAAUGGUCAGUCUGCCCCU